CAUAUCGCAGGCUCAUCUUGCUGCUCGAUCUUUCGUUCCAUUGUUUGGCCAGUUCGUACAAAUGCCCGCUGCGCGCUCGUCACUUCGUUAGCGUUCACUUGGAUCUAUUGUGUCAUCUACUUUGCAAGCUCUCAACAAGCGUUUUCUCACCUACAAGCAAGAUGAAUAGCAGUAUUGUUUUCCUCUUGGUCUUAUUGUCUUCGGCCAUAAUUUUCACGGAACUUGCCAAAGCUGAUUCUGAUAUUGACCAACUGAAAACUCUCCAAGAAGUACACAACGUUGAAGAAUUCAAAGGGGAGAAUCCGGAAGCUGCGGUUACAAGAGAUAAAAGGACUAUACUAUUGAAGAAAAAACUUGGUGCAGCGACCGUUGCAUUCGGCUUAGGAGCGGGACUUGGGGCGCUCAAAGGGUACACAUUUGGGCGGGGUGGCUACGGUUACGGCGGGGGCUACGGCAACGGCUACGGCAAUGGCUACGGCAACGGCUACAACGGAGGGUACGGUAGCGGCUACGGCAACGGCUACGGCAACGGCUACGGCAACGGCUACGGCAAUGGCUACGGCUACGGCUACGGCAACGGCUACAACGGAGGCUACGGCGGAUACGGAGGCUACGGAGGAGGCUACAACGGUGCUUACGGUGGAUACGGAGGUUCUCGCCCAUACAGUAGCUACCAAGGCUACGGAGCCUAUCGCCCCUAUAAUAGCUACGGAUAUAGUUACACCGGUUUCAAGCCAAGUUACAACUACAACUCCGGAUACAACUAUAACGGAUACAACGGAUACAACGGAUACAGCGGUUACAGACCCAACCACUACAAUAAUUACAACUCUUAUGUAAACACAAAUCAGCCUUUACAAAGUCCUUAUUAUUAUGUGAAAACAUACAACGGAUACAAUAAUGGAUAUAAUAACGCGGGAUAUGGAUGGAACAAUGCCAAUAAUAAUUAUGGAUAUGGCAACCUAGGCUAUGGAUAUGGAUAUGGCUACAAUAAUGCCAAUAAUUACCGAUACAAUAAUAUAGGAUCUGGAUGUGAUUAUCCAGUCAACUACGCUAAUAGUCAAGCAAAUAGCUGGAGUACAACUGGAAAUAUAGGACCCAUUAGUGGUAGUGUGUCCACUGUGACUGCAGCAACCAAUGGCUAUGAUCAAGGAGGGUACUACUACUAAACUGUCCAGCCUUCUAACAAUAAAUUCACGCAGCAAGGGAGGGAAGAAACGUUACAACGGUGUUCCUAACAUAUCUCAUUAAAGAAACUUAAGAUACCUCAUGUAUCAUAGAUUAUUUUAUAUUGAAGACUUUUGUA